CGGGUAUCCGGUUGCCAACUUAAAGGUUAAAUGGCUUUCAUGGCUUUCAUUUACCUCAAAACUCAUCGAACACACGUUGGAGCUGUGACCGCUACCUUAGGAAAUGACGUGCCGUGUCAAAUAUCUGCUCACUGGAUAGUUUCAGGCCCGACUCCGCUGAUGUGACACCGCUUAGCAAUUUCUUCUUCGGGCGCGGAGCUGUGGUAAAAAAAGGUCGUGCAUAUUUUCACCAGAUGCUGGCGUAGAACAUCUCUUGUGGCGGAAAACGUGAAAAGAAUCACGGUCUCGCUAGUAAAUGCUAGUUUUCUACAGUACUGGACAUCUUCUACCAAGCGUCCGUACUGAAAUCGCUGAGUUACGGUGGAUAUUUAACCCGGAGUGCUGGUUGUUAGCUAACAACGGGUCUCACAACCAAUUGCGGGUCAAGUAACGAGUAUUGGAACAACGCACAAAAUGGUUAACACACCGUACAUAAUCAAUGAAAUUUACGACAUUCUUCAGAAGUCCUCCCCGUUUGAAUUGACAUUGGAGGCCUUGCUGGCAUUGGGAGUAAUAUGGAUAGUUUUUUACAAACGCACGACAAAGAAGAUGCCCAUGUCAGAAGAGGAAAUUCUUGCACGGUGGACACCGGAACCACUCGUGGCAGAGGUACCACAGGACCAUCCAGCGCUGAAAACAAAGAUUGUCGAGGGACCAGUCGGUAAAAUGGUAAAUGUAAAUGGCAAAGAGUGCAUCAACAUGGCCACACACAACUAUCUCGGGCUGGCAGAGGACGAAGACAUUAAGCAAGCGGCGAUAAAGAGCUUGCGAAAGUACGGUGUCGGUUCUUGCGGUCCGCGCGGAUUCUACGGUACAGUCGAUGUGCAUCUCGAGCUCGAAGAACGGUUGGCGAAAUUUAUGAACGUGGAGGAAGCUGUAGUGUAUUCGUACGCGUUUUCCACUAUAGCUAGUGCAAUACCGGCCUAUUCGAAGAGGGGAGAUUUGAUUUUCGUUGACGAGUGUGUUAAUUUUGCUAUUCAAAAAGGAUUGGACGCUUCACGAAGCAAGAUUUUUUACUACAAACACAACGAUAUGGACGAUUUGGAGCGAUUGCUUCAAAAGCAACAGAUUGAAGACAAGCGUAAUCCGGCAAAAGCUAAAAAGACGCGACGUUUUCUGGUAGCCGAAGCCAUCUAUAUGAACACGGGUGAAGUUUGCCCCCUGCCUCGGUUGGUGGAAUUACGAGCUCGUUACAAACUACGCCUUUUCUUGGAUGAAAGCAUAUCUUUCGGUGUGUUGGGAGAUAGUGGACGUGGGUUGAUUGAGCACUGCAAUGUCGAUAAAACGGAGGUUGAUUUGGUAUCGGCUGGGCUAGAAUGGUCAGCCGCAACUAUCGGUGGCUUUUGUGCCGGUUCCUCGUUCAUCGUGGAGCAUCAGCGGCUCUCCGGAUUAGGGUAUUGUUUCUCUGCCUCACUACCACCCUUGCUUGCACAGGCUGCCAUCAGUGCGCUGGAUCGAUUCGAAAGCAACCCACGAAUAUUCGUGGAACUAAGAGAACGCUGUCGAAUGGUUUCAGACAAACUUUCUCAACUGAAACACUUCCAAUCAAGAGGUGAUCCACUAUCUCCAGUGAAGCAUUUAUAUCUAAAACACAAACAUGAAAGCUGGGUGCAUGAAAAGAUGCUUCUGGACGAGAUAUCUACUGAGUGCAUCGACAACGGUUUGGCGGUGAUAGCGGCAGAAUAUUUGGAAACCAUGGAAAAGCAUUGCCCAAGGCCAAGUAUUCGAUUAACGGUUAAUCGUUUGCUAACGGAAAAGGAAAUAGACGAUGCUUUCCGAAUUUUAGAACAUGUUUCAGAGAAAGUUUUUGCAAGUGCGGGUUAAAAUAAGGAUGGUAAGAUAUUUCCACUUUAUGAUGCUAUCGGUGACAUAAGCUCACGUACACAUAACACAAAUUGUUGCGUACCAGGGGGCUUACAGAGCUACACAUACCUUCCUAUUCUCCUCCUAUUUGAAACAAUGAUCAAAAAGAAUUACGAAUAAAAUUAUCAUAAAUGGCCCCUUGUAAACAGGUGCAGCAAAUCUGUGACCCUUCGUCCUGGUUGGGUCAUUAUAAGCAUCUCCAAAUGCACAAUGUAAUUUGUUGGGUGGUUUAAUCAUAUUAUUGCGUAAUCCGUGAAACAUAAACAAAACCCCGGAAGAGAAAAUGUCACGAAUUAUUUUUUUAAUGAUUACAAAAGAAUUGAAAAGCAACUUCUCCUGGCUUGUGAUCAAACUACUAUGACAAAAAACUAGCGCAGCCAGAAUACUAGCCAGAAGGCGCCAUUGCUGUAAGAAACAAAUAAUGCCGCAUCUAUAUUUUAGUUAAUUUUCGUUAGACACAUUCAUCCAGCAUUGUAUGGAGAAGGUUGAACCUUUUGUGUAUGGUUAUGUUGAAACAUGUUCACGAUUUCUGUUUUAAGCGCGUAUGUCAAUGUAUAUUUUCCGAUGCUUUCCGUCAAACUAUCUAGCUUUUACCACUAUUUUGACAGCAUGUCAUUCGUAACAGCUUAUAGUCUAAUAGUCAACAAUAAGUUUGCAAAUUAAAGUAAGUUUUGUUAACAUAAUCCCCUGAUGACUUUGUAUGCGAAUGUACAAAACAUGCAAAACAACCAGCACCACCAGUAUCUUUGAUAGUAUGUAGACAUUUGCUUUAGAUUUUUAAGAGAUCAGGAGGGUCGUGUUCAUGCGAAUCUAGAAUUAGAUGGAAGUGUGCGGUAAACACAGCGGGCUAGACAACACUGGAAAGGACGCCAAGUAAUGCUAGUAUUAUUAAACAAAAGCGUAACCCGAAAAUAACCCGCAAAUAUGGCAUAUUUCCGAAAUGAAAA